AUGUACUCUCUUGAUAUUAGGGUCUGUACUACUCAAUUGAUACAUUGUUUGGCUCAAGUCCCAAAUCGGGCAGGAAGUUUUUCUAUCACCUUUGUGUAUGGUCUUAAUGAUGAACUGUCUAGGGAAAAGUUGUGGAAAGAUAUGCAGGAGUUGGCCUUAUCCAUUGCUGAUCCUUGGAUAGUGGUAGGGGACUUUAAUGAGAUUCUUUAUCAUCAUGAAAGAAUAGAUAAUUUUCCAAACUCAGAAGUUGUUUUUCUUCCGGGAGGACUCUUUUAUCACAGUCCAGUCCUUGUUACUUUCUAUUUGGAGUUAUCAUUGGAGAAGAAGCCAUUUAGAUAUUUUCAGAUGUGGAAAGAAGCUCCCGCUUAUGCGGUGUUAUUGGGCAUUAACAGAGAACGAUUUUCUGAUAUACAACAGGAAGAAUUUCAGGCAAAAAUUUUGCUGGUGGACACUCAGGAAAAACUACAUAAAGAUUCACUUAAUGAAUUCAUUAUUAAGCAAGAACAAGUGGCUAGAGAUAAUUUCCUUCAUCUCCAUAAAGCAUACAUUAUGUUUUUGGCUCAAAAAGCUAAAGCAACUUGGAUUCAUAAGGGAGAUGAGAAUACUCAUAUUUUCCAUGCAUCUUUGAAAGCUAGAAGGAUGCAGAACAGGAUUCUUUCUAUAAAAAAUGAGGAUGGCAUUUGGGUUGAUACACCAGCUGGAAUCAAAGAUGCGUUUUUAGGUUAUAAUCAACGAUUGUUGGGGACAACUAUGCCACAAAGGAGGGAAGUUUCUCAGUCAAUAGUGAAUUUAGGUCCAGUUAUUUCUGAGGCUCAUAUUCGGAUUCUUACAGCAGACUUCUCACUUCAGGAGGUUAAAGAUGCUAGGUUUUCAAUUUCAGGGAUGAAAGCUCCUGGCCUAGAUGGUUAUAGUAGUUACUUUUAUCAAGAUAACUGGAAUUUGGUGGGUUUGGAGGUUAGUGCUGCUAUCUUAUCCUUCCUCAAAUUGGGUAAGCUGCUUAAAGAGAUUAAUGCCACGACUAUUACUCUCAUUCCUAAAACAAUCUGCCUAGAUAAUGUCUGUGAUUUUAGGCAUAUUGCAUGUUGUAAUGUAAUUUAUAAAACCGCAUCUAAGAUGAUUUGUUCAAGACUUCGCCAAAUUCUUCCAGACUUAAUAGCAUAA